AUAUUUUGUACAAUGCAUAUUAUGGAUUUACCUAUGAAUCAACACAAUUUGUCGCAGAUACUACAUAAAUUAACAGAAGACGAGAUUAAAAUAGAAAAAAAUCUAGAAAAUAUACUUUCAAGGCAAUGUCACAUAGAAGCAAAAUUACAAAAUAUUUGCAAGGUGUUACCCAAUGUCACUGUAAUACGAACAGAAGGAGAAAGGUUUUGUAAUAUGAUUGCAUGUACUAAUGAAUUAGCAGAAAAUGUAAGUGCUAAAGUGAGACAAUUGGAUUUAGCAAGGAGCAGAGUAUAUGAAUGCCAAAGACGUGUGAAUGACAUUCUUGAUUUACAAUUAUGCAGCGAAGGUGUAGCUAUGGCAUUGCGUAAUGAAGAUUAUGAGCAAGGUGCAGCACAUGUUCAUCGUUAUUUAUCAAUGGAUCAACAAUUAUUAGAAAGAACAGCUGAAGAUAUUUUAAUGGAUCAUACUAGUAUUAGUAGUUCUUUAAUUACUUUACAACAAGCUGCUUUACAACUUAGAACUGUUGUUACACACAAGUUUGAUGAAGCAGUGAAAUCAGAAGACCUUGCAUCUGUUGAAAGAUUUUUUAAAAUAUUUCCUUUAUUAGGAAUGCACAUUGAAGGGCUUAAAAAGUUUUGCAGCUAUUUAUGUACAAAGUUACAGGAGACAGCACAGAAAAACUUAAAGGCAGCCUUGGAAAUUAAAAGUAACGACAAAAGGGCACCAGUUAUUUUUGCUGACACUAUGACAUUAUUAUUUGAGGGAAUUGCUCGUAUUGUAGAAAUACACCAGCCAAUAAUUGAAACAUAUUAUGGUCCUGGAAGACUGUUAAUGACAAUUUCUAUUUUGCAAAAGGAAUGUGAUAGGCAAGUUAAAAAGAUUAUUGCGGAAUUUAUGAAGCAUAGAUGCAUAUCUAAAAAAAUACAGAUGGUAAAUGAUCAUCUACGAAAACCAAGUUCUGAAAGGGCAGAUCCUAAAGAAUUUGAUUUGUUAUUGGGAGAAAUUACUAUAAUGCACUCACGGGCGGAGCUAUAUAUUAGAUUCUUAAAAAGAAGGGUUAAAACUGAUAUAGAAAUUAGUGCAACAAAUGAUACCCAAUACAAAGACUUAAUAAACGAAUUUGACAAUGUUAUCAAUAACUCUGAUUUAGCACGUGGUAUGCAAGAACUUUUGGGUGCUUAUCUUGCAUUGGAAAGAUAUUUUCUCGAAGAGAGCGUAAAUAAGGCAUUGGGAAUGGAUACCUUAGACCAAGAUCAACAAACAUCUAGUAUGGUUGAUGAUGUUUUCUUCAUAGUACAGAAAUGUAUAAGGCGUUCUAUGUCAAGUUGGAGCAUAGAUGGUGUCUGUGCUGUAGUUAAUAUGGCUUGUGGAAUAUUAGAAGGAGAAUUUGCAAAUAGAUUACGAAAUCGAUUACGACAAGGUUACCCAGCAGGAUAUUUAGAUUUGGCCCAAGCUUACAGUGCUCUUCAAACAAGUAUACAGCAUGGUCGUUUACAAACAUCAGACUCGGAACUCGCCCGUCUGAUGUUUUUGGCAUAUUUAAAUAAUACUGACGUAAGUAUCGAGUACGUGGAAACGCUAUGUAAAAGCCUUAGUACCGAAAUAGAUGCCGCAUUUCCCAAUAUGCAAAAUAAAGAUAGGGGUAAAAUCGACAGUUGCUUAUCUGGUUUGAAAGGCGUUAUGUCGAUUUUACGAGCAGUUACAGAUUAUGGAUUAGAACAAUUGCGAGUAAGUGCCGUUAAACCAAGAGUCACUCCAUGGGUCGAUGCGUUUUUAUCUGUGGAUCAUCAUGUGAACGAGGACGAUCUAUUAAGAUACGAAACGGAAGAACCUUUCGUACAAACUUUGAUUAUGCAUUUAGAAGGUUUGCUGCAGAGCUUUAAAGGAAGUUUAACGAUAUCUAAUUACGAUGCUUUAAUUGGUCUUCUUACCGCUGAAGUUACAGCUCGUUUAGAAAAAGUUGUAUUGAAGUCUACUUUUAACAGAGCAGGAGGUCUCAUCCUUGAUAAAGAAAUAAGGUCAUUAGCAAGUUACCUAGCUGCUGUUACUUCUUGGUCUGUACGUGAUAAAUUUGCACGAUUAACGCAAAUAGCUACUAUACUAAGUGUGGAAAAGGUAGAAGAAUUAGCUGAUUAUUGUGGUGCAGAUGCAAUAGCAUGGAGACUAACAUCUGCUGAAGUUCGACGUAUCGCAUCCUUAAGAAUAGACUUCCGCUCAGAGGACAUAAAAAGAUUAAAACUUUAG